UAAACAAAUUAACUCCUUUUAAAAAGCAGGCCCAAAUUGGGACAGCGUUCUGGAUUUGGGAACAUUUGACCAUUUCCACAUGCAAAUUCAAACACACACACACUUGUUUUUGAGGAGAUAUACUUGGCAGGAUGCCGUCCAUUUCCUCUUACGUAGGACAUUGAAACAAAAACAUUGUUUGGUCAUGAACCCAACAAACUUAGUCACCGAUUAAUUCAUUUUUUCAACAAAUCCCGACAAUGCUUCUUCAACAAAUCUAACCUUUUACCCAGCUCCAUCUCAACGCCACAAGAAAAAAAACAAAGAUGAAGCCCCUUGUAAAAUGAUUUACAGUUACUUUACCCCACAUUGUCCCGAGCGCUCUUCUACUCUCCCUCCCCCUUUUAACCCCACACGAAAGGUGAGAAAUCCUUCCAGACGUCGGAAUAUAUUUUUACGAUGAGGGAGGGGGCAGGAAGAAACUCUGACUCAGCUACCUUGCUCUAUCACCGGUCAACGGGCUACAGUCCUGCUUCUUCUGAUUGGUUGCGAAGAGAGACCGCCUCUGCUUUUCAUUGGUUUCUCAUAUUAUCUAUAAAGGUAGACUCCGCCGAAAUACUCAGCUUAGCGUGCCAGAAGGGGAGAGGCUGCCGGCUGAGAGCCGUUUUGGAUCUUUAUUAUUUUUAAUUUUUUGCCGGCAAGACCUUGCCGGUGCGUUGAGCUGCACUUGACGUCGUCAUGAGGGAGAGGAGAACUCCUCAGCCAGUGGUAGCCAGAUGCAAGUUGGUUUUAGUCGGGGAUGUACACUGUGGGAAGACUGCCAUGUUGCAAGUGUUGGCCAAAGACUGCUACCCGGAGACAUACGUGCCCACUGUUUUUGAGAACUAUACAGCGUGCCUGGAGACAGAGGAGCAGCAUGUGGAGCUCAGUUUGUGGGACACAUCUGGAUCCCCCUACUAUGACAAUGUGCGUCCCCUAUGCUACAGUGAUUCGGACGCAGUCCUGCUGUGCUUUGAUGUCAGCCAUCCUGAGACCAUGGAUAGUGCACUGAAGAAGUGGAAGACAGAAAUCCUGGACUACUGUCCUAGCACCCGUGUGUUGCUGAUUGGCUGCAAGACAGACCUGCGCACUGACCUCAGCACCCUGAUGGAGCUGUCUCACCAAAAGCAAGCCCCUAUCUCUUAUGAACAGGGUUGUGCCACGGCCAAGCAACUUGGAGCAGAGACCUACCUGGAGUGUUCAGCCUUCACAUCGGAGAAGAGCAUCCACAGCAUCUUCCGGACAGCAGCCUCCAUCUGCCUGAGCAAGCCUGGCCCCCCGCCCCCCAAGAGCCCAGCCCGAAGCUUCCCUAAGAGACUCCUCCGCUUACCCAGUCGAUCUGAGCUCAUCUCUUCCACUUUUAAGAAGGAGAAAGCAAAAAGUUGCUCAGUCAUGUAAAGGGCUGCCUGUUUCUGGGAGCAAGGGGUGGUGGCGGUGGAAGCAUUGCGGACUCUGGGCCCUCCAGCUGGCCCUUCUGGGGGUGGGGAGGGGGGCUGCUUGGUGCGCAUGGGCCAGGCCUAGAGAAUCCCGGAGGAUCCAGUUCCCCACUCCCCCACUGGCUUGAGCAAGCCUGCCAUCCCUUUUGCAUUGCAAUGCUUCCCACCGUGCGACUGCUGUGUGCACUUCUUCCAGAUAGAUGUGAGGGAGCGGGGGAGUUUGGCUGGACUAUGAGGGUGAAGGUUGGCCCAAGACCUGCCCUGCUCUGGAAAAGCCUUUGGGCCUUGGCAUAGCAACAUCUUGGACAGUAGUGGCUCUGGUGGCUGUUCCACGUAGAUUGGAAGGAUUCAGAAGAAUCUACCCUGUUCUGAGGCACCGAAGAUACUUUCAUUUGGCCCUGAUCAUCUUCUCACAUCUGCUGCUUGUCUCCAUUGCCUGUGCAAAGCAGGCUGAUUGAAGACCACCUCUCCCUUCUCCUUCUGCUCCCCUCCCAAUCUGGCACCCUUCCUUUCACCCUCCUCCCUUUAAGAGAGGUGUUUGGGCACUCUCCUUCUCCCUCUGCAAAUGGGGGUGGUGGAAGGGAGGCAGGAGUGACUGUUUUAUAGACAUUGUCUCUUUGUGUAUGAGAAGGAAAGGAAAUACUGGGGGGUGGAAUCUGUUAAGUGUUCAGUGUUAUUAAAAGAAAAAACUUAUUUAUUAAUAAAAAUAUAACACAGAUUAACAGCCUCA